AAUUGCUUCAUCUCUAAUUGAAUUUCUCAAUCUCUAAUGAAAUGAUACAGGGAAUGGCUCCACCACGGAAAUUUUAACUAUAAGUCAAUUUUUGAUCAUAUUACCAUUGAAUCUAUAGAUUAAUUUUACUUAAUUGACUAUUACUACCUUUUACUCAAAACCACUGUCCAAUUACUAACUAACCUAAACAAAGCCUAGCCUGUCUUCAAAUGGAAAACACAAGUGUACAUUAUACAUCAACAGGAUUGUAAUUUUAAUGUUAUAUUUCCCACUUUAACAUAAGGGAUUCAAUCUCUUAUUCCAAAUAAUGUUUUGCUAUCCAUUACAUUAAUUGGGCCUCGAGAUUCAAGUCUUUAAUUCAAUUUUUAAUAAUUGCUAUUAUAAAAAUAUUUAAAUUUAUAAUUGAAUUUCAAUUUUAAACUCUUUCAAUUCUACAAUUUAAAAAUAUAUAAAAAAAGUCUAUUGUAAAAUAGAAUAUCUCUAUCAAAUACAUAUUGCAUAGGCACACAACACACAUAUAUAAUCAUAAUUUAGAAUAUAUCUAAAAAUAAAAUUAAUUAUUUAAUCAACCAAACAAAAUUUUGAAAUUAAAAUAGUAAUGUUUCCUCAAUCCUUUAAUUUGAUCAAAUAAAUAUUAGAUUAAAUUUUAAUAUUAGUAUGACUUGAUAUUUAAUGACAUAAUUUUACAACUAUGACAAUUCAAUUCGAUUAUAGUACUAUCAAAGAAUACAUAUAUCAACACAACAGCCAAUGAAAAGUUGGUAGAAGAUCUAGUCUGUAAAACUAUCAUCCUAGCUGACUCACAAUCUUCAAAUCAUGUCACGUGACCUGUCUUUCUCUCUCUCGUCACUUUCUCUCUCAUGAGUCUUGCUUUGCUUGUUUUACCUGAAGAGAAGAAUUUGAGUAUUUACCAUGGUAGUUGAUGUACUAAAGUAGUAAAAAGACUACACUCAUUUACACUUACUCCAUCUGCAUACUGAAUUUACAAUUGUCGGUGCCCUCUCAUAUUCUUCUCCUUUCUCCUUUCUACCCUGUAAAGCUUCAACGCCGAUUCUUGCUCUCCGAUCUUCUGCACUUCACUUCUCACCUGCUAUCAGCUCCUCGCCGGAAUCAUUCUUCCGUUGGAACAUCGUUAGUGUUGUGCAUUGCAGAUUAUCGAUUAGGAAAGCAUAUAAGUAGUUUUCGCUUUGUUUCUUGGUAUUUCAGAUUGAGGAUUUGAGGUUGGGGCAGCUUCUGCAUUUUGAUGAAAUGUUGUUGCAUGAGCAUCUAGAAGCUGUGAUAGUGUAGUGAUUAAUGGAGGAUAUCAACAUAGUUAGGUUGUCUCCAUUGAGACCGGGUGGUGGCGGUUUGAAGUCGCCGUCCUCAGGGAAGUCGACUCCGAGGGGCUCUCCUUCUUUUAGGAGGUUGAGCUCUGGUUGGACUCCGAGAAGAGAGGGCGGCAGAAGUGGUGGUCAUAUUUUUGCUUAUUGCUUCAGAAGCAACCGCAUUGUGCUUUGGCUGCUUUUGAUCACUCUUUGGGCUUAUGCUGGAUUCUAUUUCCAGUCGAGAUGGGCGCACGGAGAUAAUAAGGAAGAUCUUUUCAGUGGUGGCUAUGGAGGUGAAAUAAAUGGUGGAAAACCUGGAUCACAGCGGAAUAACAGGAGGGACUUGAUUGCUGCUGGAGCACUUAAGACCAUGAAUGGGAUGAGUAACUCAAGUUUGGAGAAUGUGGAAGGCGAUCUUGCUGAGAGGGGAAGUGGUAGUUCAUUGCAUAAAGGUAAGGCUUCGAAGAAGAGAAGUAAGAGAUCUGGACAUAGUUCACGUAGGAGGGGCUCUAGUAAACUGAAGGUUGUGACACAAGAUAUAGAAAGUGAAGUUGAUGUACCAAUUGAAGAAAUUCCCAAGAAGAAUACAACUUAUGGAUUCCUUGUUGGUCCAUUUGGCUCUGUAGAGGAUUCGCUUUUGGACUGGAGUCCUGAAAAGCGGUCAGGCACCUGUGACCGGAAGGGUGCAUUUGCACGUCUUGUUUGGUCGAGGAAGUUUGUGUUGAUCUUCCAUGAGCUGACCAUGACAGGAGCCCCUCUUGCAAUGAUGGAGCUGGCAACUGAGUUUCUGAGCUGUGGAGCUACGAUAUCAGUUAUAGUUCUGAGCAAAAAAGGAAGCUUGAUGUCAGAAUUACACCGAAGGAAAAUUAAAGUGCACGAGGACAAGUCAGAUCUGAGCUUCAAGAUAGCCAUGAAAGCAAAUAUCAUAAUCGCAGGUUCUGCGGUCUGUUCAUCCUGGAUAGAACAAUACCUGUCGCGUACUGUUCUCGGUUCUAGUCAAAUUAUGUGGUGGAUCAUGGAGAAUAGAAGAGAGUAUUUUGAUCGGUCAAAGCAUGUGCUCAACAGAGUAAAGAAGUUGAUUUUUCUUUCCGAACAACAAUCCAAGCAGUGGUUAGCCUGGUGUGAGGAAGAAAAGAUCAAGUUAAAAGAAAAGCCUGCAUUGGUGCCACUCUCAGUCAAUGAUGAGCUAGCCUUUGCAGCAGGCAUCUCAUGCUCGCUAAGUACUCCAUCAUUCACUACACAAAACAUGCUAGAAAAGAGACAGUCAUUGAGAAACGCUGUUAGACAAGAAAUGGGAUUGACUGAUGAUGAUAUGUUGGCUGUUACCUUGAGCAGUAUCAACCCUGGAAAGGGUCAGUUGUUGUUUAUGGAGUCGGCCCGCUUGGUAAUUGACCAAGGCCAACAGCUGAACAGUUCUGGCCUGAAAGAUCCAAUCCUAAUGGAUCACGAUUAUUAUUCAAGAGCUCUACUUCAGAAUCGGAAAAGGGACAUUAAAUCUUACAGUGGACCAAAGCUCUCCGGUAAAUCUUCUUCAAACACAGACAUGCCCAUAAAGAAAAGAAUAAGGUCAUCACAUAUCUUCACCAACGAGGGUAGACUUGAUACUAGAAGGAGAAAAAUGUUGUCCCAAAACGUUGAAAAGAAGGGACAGAAUCUUAAGGUACUCAUUGGCUCAGUUGGAUCUAAAAGCAAUAAAGUACCUUAUGUGAAAACACUUCUUACGUACCUAUCAACACACUCAAACUUGUCAAAGUCUGUGCUGUGGACUCCAGCAACAACUCGUGUUGCCUCCCUUUAUGCCGCAGCAGAUGUUUAUGUAAUGAAUUCUCAGGGAAUAGGAGAGACAUUUGGAAGGGUAACAAUUGAGGCCAUGGCAUUCGGACUUCCUGUGCUGGGAACGGAUUCUGGAGGCACAAGGGAGAUUGUCGAGCAUAAUGUAACGGGGCUACUCCAUCCUUUGGGGCGCCCGGGCUGUCAGGUUCUUGCAAGAAACCUCGAAUUCUUUCUUGAGAAUCCAUCAGCAAGGCAAGAAAUGGGAAUGAGGGGAAGAGAGAAGGUUGAGAAGAUGUACAUGAAAAAGCAUAUGUUUCAGAAAUUCGGUGAGGUGUUGUACAAGUGCAUGAGAAUUAAGUAGCAUCUCACUCUUCUACUUUCAAUCUACUUUGGAAAUGGCUUGUUUAGCACAUUGCUGCUAUUAGCUUCACAAAUGAUAUACUAACAUACCUAUUUCUUCAUAUCACUAGUUAGUUUUCAUGCAUCCUAAAA